UUCACUGUUAUUUAUCAAUGGACAAAUUUUAUUUUUAUGUAGUCAAAACAAAGUCAGGACAAAAGCUUGUAAAUGGGCUUGUCCCGCAGGAUAAAGUAGCUGUGUUGAAAUCAAAGCUAGCUGAUGUGACGGGUAUAUCCGUUGAGGCUCUUCACGUCCUUGGUGGUUUUCCGCCGAAGGCGAUCGAUCUUAAUAAUGAAUCAGCUACAAUUGCGGAUAGCGGUAUAGUUUCUGGUGACACCCUGAUUGUCGAAGAAAAAGAAGUUAUUAACGGUGCUCAAAUAGCAAGGGAAAUUGGUAGAUCUCACAUAGUAAAUGAUGAAACUUUCAUUAAUACUCCAGGUGUACUCAUGAAAAUGGUUGUACCGGCAGAUAAUUCAUGUUUAUUUACUAGCGUUGGCUAUGUUCUGAAUGGAAAAGUUGAUCGCAAUUGCUCAAGUUUUAUGAGAGAGAUAAUAGCAAAUGCUGUAGCUGCAGAUACUGAAGAAUAUUCGGAAGCUUUUUUGGGUAGACCUAAUGCAGAAUAUUGUGAAUGGAUUUUGAAAUCAGAUUCUUGGGGAGGAGCUAUAGAAUUGUCUAUACUGUCAAAGUUUUAUGGACUAGAGAUAGCUGUAAUCGAUAGUAUCAAUGCUAUAAUAAAUAGGUUUGGAGAAGAUCAACAUUAUGCUCAAAGAGUAUUUCUUAUAUUUGAUGGAAUACAUUAUGACCCACUUUAUUUGGAACCGCUCGAUGGUGGUAGUAUCCAAACGAUUUUUCCGACGGAAGAUGAUAGAAUGUUAUUAGAAGCUGCAGAACUUGCAAAAGAAGUGAAGUCUAGUCGUCAGUAUACAGACAUUCAAAAAUUUAAAUUAAUGUGCUACGAUUGCAAUGUAAAAUUAAAUGGACCAGUUGCAGCACGACAACAUGCCAGUGAAACAGGCCACAAGAGCUUUGGAGAAGUGCCUGUAUAAUGUAAUUUCAAUUUGGUCGUGCACUAUAUGAUAAGUAUUUUUAAUUAGACUGCCAUGUAAGGUGUUCGAUAAAUUAGCCUCAAAAUGAUUUUUCACUUGAUGAAGGCUUGAAAACAUUUAAAAA